AUGGAUGGCGACAGCCGCAAGCAGAAUGAAAGAUUGAGGGCAAGAUCCGGCAACUCGACAGCCAGAGGCCGUGGAGCUGACUCCUUCGAGUCUUCCACCAUGCAUCCACGUGGAGACCCAACAGGGCUGUCGCAGGCACCAGACCGCGGAUCGAUGUCCUACAACUACGAAUACACAGGCACAUCCUUCGCCGACGGCUCACUGCAGGGCAACGAGAUGUCAUCCUAUCCGCCCGAGUUUGUACGGCCACGCCAGCAUCAAACGGCGUCAUCUACGAGCGGCCAGCAACGCCGACGACCGCAAGAGGUGCCGCCAUUCGUACCGUACGAUUCGGCCAUGCUGUACGGAUUUGGUCAGCAGGGUCCAGCCCCAGGACCCUUUGAAGUUGUUCCACAGUACUCGCCACGGCAGUCUGCAGCGAUUGAGGCCCUGUCGAACCAGUUUGCCGUUCCACAAUAUUUCACCCCCGAGGAACCCUCAGCGACGGGGGUCCCAGUCGGGCUCUCGCCUUAUCUCAACGCGCAGAUGCCAUAUAAUCAACCUGGCCCCAUGGCACACGAAGCCUAUGCUCAGUACCGACGAGCACUGCGCAGCACCUUUGACCACACGCGCGCGGGACGAUUGGUGGAAGCCAGCCGAUCGCUGCUGGAAAUUUCCGAGUGGCUUGUGGCUAACGCACGGGAUCUUGGAAUUCUGCGCGAUGAUCAUCUUCUCUAUCAUGAUCGAUUACAACUCUGGAACGACUUUAACCUUUGCUGGUUAGCCGUGUGUCAGAAGCAGAAGGAUCUGUUUCAAGAUCUGAUCACGACGGGCCAUUCACCAGCGCAUACGAGUCUCAUCGGUCGAGAUCAGUUGGAGGCCAUGGGCAAGGAUCUGAUCCACCUUUGCGAUCAGCUAGAGCAGCAUGGGCUGGUCGAUUAUCAAUUGGGCAUUUGGGAGGAAGAAAUCCUAUGUGUCCUUGGCCAAUGUCUAGAUGUGAUAGAGAGUCGACCAGAACUCCUACGGGUCCAUGCGCUACCCGAACCCACGGCCGCGGCGCCACGGCCCUGA